AUGGCCAACGGAUCCAAUAUUUGCAUUUUCGCCCAUUGCUUGAUUCCCGGACGUGGCGCCCCGAUCUGCAAUGCCGCAGUUGGGAUUUCGCUCGAAACUGGAACCAUCACCUUCGUAGGACCUCAGGCUCAACUGCCCCAGGCUCUGGCCUCUGCACCACGAGUUUCGGUGCGUUACCUGAUGCCCGGUCUCUGGGAUUGCCAUACGCAUUUCACUGGGGUAUUGAAUGUGGACUUUCCAGAUUUUAUCCAGACCCAUCCAGCCGCGAUGGGGGCCGCCAUUACUCGUGGCCUGCAUCAGACCCUCAUGGCGGGGAUUACAUCGGUACGAGAUGUAGGCUCUUACGCCACUGAGGUUGCUCCAUUAGUAGAGAAGGGUAUCAUCCUCGGACCCAGCAUCUUUGGAGCUGGAGGGGCUAUAGGAAUUACAGGCGGAAGUUGUGACGCCUGCACUUUGCCUUCCGACUUCGUCUACUCCCGCCAAGGUACAUCUGGAAAUACAGCUUGGUCUGGCGUUAGUUGCCUCGUUCUGGCUGACGGAGUGGAUGAAUGUCGCCGUGCCGUCCGUCAGCAGAUAAGACGCGGGGCGCGCUGCAUCAAAAUCGUCGCCACUGGCGGCGUCCUUAGCACCCAGGAUAACCCCGAGUACCGGCAAUAUUCUGACGCAGAACUCGGAGCAAUGAUUGAGGAAGCCAGUCUCCAGAACCGAUCUGUUGCCAUUCAUGCACACGGCAAAAAGGGAAUCAUUGCUGCUGUCAAAGCAGGCGCUCACACCAUCGAGCAUGGUAGCUAUAUCGACGAAGAAGUAGCUGAUUUGAUGGUGGAGCGAGGCGUGACGCUGGUUGCAACUCGACACGUUAUUGAAGCCGGCCUGCGCAAUCUCGACAAGCUUAAUCCACCCACUGCCAAGAAGAUGGUCGAGAUUGCCGGAUCACAUCUGCGGGCGUACCAGACCGCCGUGCGCAAGGGCGUCAAAAUUGCACUAGGCACUGACAUUGCGGCAUCUGACCCAGCAUCAGAUACUGCGCAUGGCAAGAAUGGCGAUGAAGUAGGUUACGCCGUCAAGGCAGGCUUGACGCCGCUUAAGGCUAUCGAGGCUGGAACCAUCAACUCGGCCGAGACACUGGGGGGGUUAGCUCCAAAGAAGGGUCUCAUUCAGGUCGGGUGGGAUGCUGAUUUGAUUGCCCUUGACGAAAAUCCACUUGAUAAUAUUGAGCUGCUCGGUAAACCAGACAACAUUCAAUAUGUAUGGAAGGGAGGCUUGCUGGUCAAAUCCCCCCUUGGUCAACUUCUGUGGCCGCCUCUGACAAAGUCAUAA